AUGACGGGCAAGGCGGGCGCGCCGCUGGCCCCCAGCCUGCCCGCAAAGCCCAAGCCCGACGGCGCGGCCGCCGCCGCCGCCCCGCCGCCCCCGCCGCCCCCCGCCGCGGGGGCCAAGCCCAGCUCCGGGCCCACCCCUCCCCGCUGCACCGGCUUCGGCAUCCAGGAGAUCCUGGGCUUGAACAAGGAGCCGCCGCCGCACCCCCGGGCCGCCCUGGACUCGCUGCCCGCCGGGCACCUGCUGGCGGCCCGCUCCGUGCUCAGCCCCGCCGGCGUGGGCGGCGUGGGCAUGGGGCUGCUGGGCGCCGGCGGCAUCCCCGGCUUCUACGCGCAGCCCACCUUCCUCGAGGUGCUCUCCGACCCGCAGAGCGUGCACCUGCCGCCGCUGGCCCGCGCGCCCGCGCAGCUCGACAGCAGCCAGACGGCCAGCUCAGAUUCCGAGGAUGUCUCCUCCAGCGACCGAAAAAUGUCCAAAUCGUCCCUAAACCAGAGCAAGAAACGAAAGAAGAGGCGGCACAGGACUAUCUUCACAUCCUACCAACUGGAGGAGCUGGAAAAGGCCUUCAACGAGGCCCACUACCCUGAUGUGUAUGCUAGAGAGAUGUUGGCCAUGAAAACAGAGUUGCCAGAAGACAGGAUACAGGUCUGGUUCCAGAACCGCCGGGCCAAGUGGCGGAAGAGGGAGAAGUGCUGGGGCAGGAGCAGCGUGAUGGCAGAGUAUGGCCUCUACGGAGCCAUGGUGCGCCACUCCAUCCCACUGCCCGAGUCCAUCCUCAAGUCUGCCAAGGACGGCAUCAUGGAGUCCUGCGCCCCUUGGCUCCUGGGGAUGCACAAAAAAUCUCUGGAGGCAGCGGCUGAGGCAGGAAGGAAGACGGAGGUGGAACGCCAGGCCCUGCCCAAGCUUGACAAGAGCGACAAGGAAGAGAGGGGCCCAGAUCCCAAAACCACCAUUUCCCAGGAAGAACUGAGAGAAAACAGCAUUGCUGCCCUCAGGGCCAAAGCUCAGGAGCACAGCACCAAAGUCCUGGGAACCAUCGCUGGGGACCCCCCGGCCCUGGGCAGGAAGCCAGAGAAGGGGGAGGAGGCCGCGGUAGAGGAUGAGAGACAGACGGAGAAGUCAAACUCAUCACAAAAGGAGGAGAAGCUGAUCUAGAGGGGAAGAGAUGACGAAAACCAGCCCCAAAAGACACUGUCUCCU